AUGGACCGUCCUAUUGAUGAGAUUGUAAAGAAUCUUUUGAAAUUUGUCGUUAGAGGUUUCUAUGGUGGCUCUUACAUUUUAGUGCUAGAUGCAAUUCUUUUCCAUUCAGUUCUUGCGGAGGAAGAUUUAAAGCAAUUACUUGGUAUUAACAAGACUGAUCUGGGUCCACUGGUGGCUCGACUGAGAUCUGAUGGUCUUUUGUCGAUGCAUAAGCAAAGGGAAUACCCACCAAACUCUAAAAGUGUGGAACGUGUCUACUUUUACAUCAAAUAUCCUCAUGCAAUCGAUGCUAUUAAGUGGAAAGUUCACCAGGUGGUGCAGAGGUUAAAAGAUGACUUUGAUAAGAAUUCGGAACCUAAUGGAUACAUGUGCCCCGUAUGUCUGACGAAGUAUACACAACUAGAAGCGGUACAAUUGCUAAAUUUUGAUCGUACGGAAUUCUUGUGCUCAUUAUGUGAUGAGCCACUGGUGGAAGACGAUUCCGGUAAGAAGAAUAAAGAAAAACAGGAUAGACUGAAUCGUCUGAUGGACCAAGUGCAACCGAUUAUUGAUUAUUUGAAAAAAAUCGAUGAUUCUAGAAUCGAAGAGAACACUUUCGAUGUUGCAUUAGCGAAAUUGAUCCCACCUCAAAACCAAUCCCGUGCUGCUUACACUUACAAUCCGAAGAAGGGAAGUACUAUGUUCAGACCUGGAGACUCAGAUGGAAACUUAUUGGGUAAUGAUAGCAGUAGAAGAGCAGGUGCUAAUUCACAAGCUACGCUUCAUGUCAAUAUCACUACUGCAAGCGACGAAAUGGCUCAAAAAGCUUUGGCAGAACGUCAAGCGGAGGAAAAAAGGAAGCAAAAUGCCGUUCCAGAAUGGCACAAACAAUCUACUGUUGGUAAAUCUGCGUUGGGUCGUUUGGAUGAAGACGAAGAAUUUGAUCCAAGAACAACACAGCAAGCUAAAAUGUCUCUGGAGGAAACCGGUGGUAUUCCUGGUGGUGUGGAUCCAGCAGCCGCCAAUGGAUUAGAAAGAGAGGUUGACGAAACUUAUCACACCGGUGCAUUGACAGAGAAGGAGUUAGAAGAACGCGAAAACGAAAGAACUUUGAACGAAUACUAUGCUACAUGGGCGCGUAAGCAAGCUGAAGCUGGUGAGGAAGACGAAGAGGAUGAAGACGAGGAAGAGGGCUUCAACGCAUACGGUGAAGACGAAGAAAUGAAUGAAGAUGAAUUUGAAGAUGUGGAACCAAAGGAAGAGGAAACUGGGAACCAAGGAUCUAAGAGCACUGCAGAACCUAAUGCAGAACUAAAUACUAAUGCAGUGCCUAAACAAGAGGAUAAUGAUGAUGAUGAUGAUGAUGACGUGGAUAUAGAAUUUGAAGAUGUUUGA